CCCCCCCCCCCCCCCUCCACGCCGCCAAUGGGCAAUGUCUCGUCGCUGGCCUUCGCCAAGCACAAGCGCAAGUUCACCACCACCACGUACUUGGAGGACGUGCCGGUGUACGAGUUCGUGACGGCGCUCAACAACAACGGGAGGUUCUUCAAGACGCUCCACUGCACACAUGCUGAAGGCCAUGUCGUCCUCAAGGUCUUUGCCAAGCGUGGCAGCCUCACUGAGCUCUCGCCCUUUGAGGUCAUUGUUAAGGAGCCGUUCUACCGCAUCUCGCCAGAGACCGCCCCCAACCUGCUCGCCUUCUCCGCCUUUGCUGAGACCGACAAGGCCGGCUUUAUGGCCCGCCCCUACGUGUACAAGGACUUGUAUGACCGCCUCUCUACCCGCCCGUUCCUAGCACACGUGGAAAAGCUGUGGAUCGCCUUCCAGCUCCUCGCCGCUCUCGAGCAGAUGGCCGAUGUCGGCCUUGCCCACGGCGAUAUCAAGACCGAGAACGUUCUCGUCACCUCCUGGGGUUGGCUCUUCCUCUCUGACUUUGCCCAAGCUAUCAAGCCGACUCUCAUUCCGCAGGACAAUCCGGUCGACUUUUCGUUCUUCUUUGACUCGUCUGGCCGCCGCGCCUGCUUUGUUGCUCCAGAACGGUUCUACGACUCGGCCACAGGCCUGCCCGACGAUGUCACCGGCCCUGUUACCCAGGCCAUGGAUGUCUUCUCUGCCGGCUGCGUCAUCGCAGAGCUCUUCCUGGAAGACACGCCGCUAUUUUACCUCGCCGAUCUCCUCCGCUACCGCGAGGGCAAGUUUGACCCGGCGCUCCGUCUCGCCGCGCUUGGCAACCGCCCGCUUGAAGAGCUCAUCCUCUCCAUGGUUGCCCUCGACCCGCUCGCCCGGCCUACGCCCUCAGUCCUCCUCGCGUCGCCGCUCUUCCCGGCCUACUUUGCCUCGGACCUCCACCCGCUGCUGGCCACCAUGCCGGCCGCCAACCCCGACGACCGUCUCGCCGCGCUCGCCCACGCCUUUCCGAGCCUUUUGCAGACCAUUGCAGACCUUCCCGCCCCACCGCGGCUCCCGCCGUCGCGACUGGCGGCAUACUCGGGCUCGCCAGCGUCGUCGCCUAACGCUUCACUGCACUCGCCGUCUUCGACCGACCAGUCAGGCUCGCCGGCAUCGGUGCCGUCCCUGCGCAGUAAGGAGCUCCCGCAGCACCUGGCAAAAGACACCACAACCGCGUUCCGCGAGCUCAAGCAGUUUAUUUCGCGACUCGAGGGCUCUGCCGCCGACACGCCCGCGCUCGCCACAAGUUCAAGCCGCGCGUCAGCGACCGCGUCGACGCCCGCCAUCCCCGCGCCGCGCCCGCCGACCUACCCCGCACCCAUCCCUGCAGCCGUCACCUACCUCGCCCACAAGCAAGCAGUACCAGACGAUGGCGCGCUCAUUGUCCUCGCGCUUGUCUGCUCCUCGCUCGCCGCCGCUCGCUACCCCGUCUCGCGAGUUGCCGGCCUCGACAUGCUUGCCCAGGGCGCGCUGUUCAUCCGCGACGCGUUCAUGCUCGAACGGACGCUGCCGUACACGCUCUCGCUCAUCGGCGAUCGCUCACCGGCGGUCCGCGCCGCCGUUCUCGAGGGACUCGCGCUCCAGCUACGGACGGUCCGCUCGCUGCCGCGCGCCGAGGUUAAUGUCUUUGUCGAGCACAUCCUGCCUGCGCUCGAGGGUCUCGAGGAUGACCCGGACGUCCUGGUCCGCACCGCGCUUGCGUCGUCUCUCUCGGACAUAGCCCACGCAGCGCUUCUCUUCCUCGAGCUAGGCCAGGUGUACCGGAUCUCACCGCCGACGCCGUCGCCGGCCACAACGCCGCUCUCUACGCCGCGCUCGCUUCUCGCGUCAGCGCUGCUGGACGCGCCGCCCGCGGCGGCCGCGCCCAUCUUUGAUGCCCAACUCGACGACCUCAGUACAGCCAUCAAGAGCCUCGCCAUGGUACUACUGACCGAUGCCCAGCCUGUUGUCCGCCGGGCGCUCCUGCCGCACUUGCCGCAGCUCGCCACUUUCUUCAACCGCUCCGGCUCGUCGGCCUUUCUCCUCUCCCACAUGAUCACCUACCUCAACGACCGCGACUGGCAUCUCCGCGCCGAAUUUUUUGAGCAUGUGGUCGCGGUGGUGGCCGCCACCCGGGUGGGCACCGCCGGUGUCGAGCAGUUCCUCCUUCCGCUCCUCCACAUCGGGCUUGACGACCCCGAAGAGGCCGUGGUUCACCGUGCGUGUGCAUGCGUGACUGCCCUCACGCGACUGCGGCUCAUCUCGCACCCGCAACUCGCGGCGCUCGCCCAUCGCAUUGCGCCGCUGCUGGGCCACCCAAAUCCUUGGAUCGGCUAUGCUGCUGUUGCGGUGCUGGUUGCGGUUGGUGACCAGUUUGACAGCGUUGACGUCCACUGCGUGCUCCUCCCGCUCGCGCGGCCGUACGUCCUCCGCCCGCUUGCCGAGCUCUCCGUCGACGCGCUGCUCGAGUCGCUCCACCCACCGCUCCCGCGCGAGACGUAUACGACUGCGCUUGCCGCACUCGCCGACAACACUGCCGACUUUUGCCACCUUGCCCACGCUCUCGACGCCGACCAUGCCGGUGCAGCCGCAACACAGCUGGGCGGACACACUAUGCCGGCUCAUGCGUCGGCCGUGGUCGGCCCGGUCCUUCUCCCGCGGCUUGACCCGUGGUGGGUCCGCGAGUCGCUCGCUGCGAGCGCCCGUGAACUUGCAGGCGACGAGGCGGCUGGCGCGGCAUCGCUGACCGCGGCUGCGCUCGAACCGAUAGAUGAGCUCUCGCUCAGCCUCCACGAUGCGAUGGCUGCCAUUUUUGAUGCAAGUCCACUCCCGCGCGAGCACCUCCCGCUGUUGUGGGCCAUGCUCCCCACCUGGUCCAGCUUGCACUCAAAGUCUGGCCCCAGCCAUGUCUCGCUCGCAGCCUUUGCGCCUGUUCGCUCGAUCUCGGUCCCGAUGGCUUCGGUCCGCGAAGCGUCGUCGACAAAGCUCGAGACGCUGCUGGAAGUCAUGGGAAGCCAAGGCGGCGCCCCGCUCUCGUGGCUCACAUCGGCGUUGUCGAGUGCUGCGGCGGUGGCAGCGGGCGGAAGCGGUGCAGGUUCAGGGCCGACUGGCUACAAACUCGACGACCUCGAGCUUGGCUCAAUUUCUGAGCUCCCGUCGGAGACCGGCUUCAAGGGCUGGUCGCCGUCAGGUGUCAUGGUUGCUCACCUUGCAGAGCAUUCCGGGGCAGUGACCGCGCUGGCGACGGCUGACGACUCGGUCUUCUUUGCGUCGGGCUCGUCCGACGGAAGUGUCAAGAUCUGGGACGCCAACGCCCUCGAUGGACACCUUGCCGACCGGUCGAUGGCGACGUUUACCGGGAGCGGGAGCGGGGUCACCGCCGUUUCGUUUGUCGAAUCGUCGCACUCUGCAGUGGCCGGCUACGCCGACGGCUCGCUGGCUGUGGUGCGGAUCGACUACGCGCCUUUACCGACACCGCCUGGAGCGCGGCGGUACAUGCCGCCGACAGUAGUGCGGAGACUCGAAGGCGGCACCGGCGGCGGUGUGGUGAGCGUGUGCUCGGCGCCGGGCUCGGCGUCGACGAUUGUGUUUGCGACCCGGCGCGGGAUGCUUGCCGGGUGGGAUAUGCGCCAGCGGCGGCUGGCGUGGCAAAUGCAGGUGCCGGCCGAGUACGGCCUGGUCUCGGCACUGAGCGUCGAUGGAUCGGGUGCGUGGAUGGCAGCUGGCGGCGUGCGCGGCGUGGUCUCGCUGUGGGACCUGCGGUUCACGCUCCCGGUCUCGGCAUGGGCGCUUCCGGGUAGCGAGCCGAUCACCUCGCUCUCCAAGUAUCCGUCUCCAUGGCAGGCCUCGUGGCUGGUGGUGGGCGCAGGACGGAAUAACUGCGUGUCGGUGUGGGACCUCGGUUCGGCACAGUGCACGCAAGUGUGCAGCGUGGCAAGCCCGAGCGCGGCAGCGGCAGCGCGGAGCGGAUCGAGCCUGCAUGGCACGUUUCUCUACGGACCACCGUCGCGGGUCGACACUGCUGUGGCAGCUGCGGCACGAGCGCGGAUGCUUGCGCCCGGCGAGCGCGGACUGGAGGCCGCGGUCGACGUCGUGAUUGCACCCGAGCUGGAGACUGACCAUGCGACGUAUGCACUGCACUCGCCGUCAAAUGUUUCGUAUGUGCUCGCCGGCGGCGGGCAGCGGAGCCUCAGGCUCUGGGACCUCGCCACUGGCAACGCGUCGUACACAGUGUCAGACGGGUCACGGCUCCACGGACCGUCGCCGAUGUACACCACGGAGACGUCGGCAGAUGGAGCGACGGCGUUUAUCACAGAAGUCCAUGGCGCGGCCGGCGGCGGUCGGGCCAGUGUCAGCUCUGCGCCGGCCAGCUCGUCAGGCCUCAGCCGCGAGCGGGCGGGCACGACGCGAGCCGGAAAGUCUCGGGCCGGAACCGGCGACAGCGGGCGAGCACGGGCGGCGUCGACCUCCGACGCCAGCGCAGGUGUCAGCGGCGGAAACGGACAUGACGCCGGCGAGGCGCACGCCACCGAUGGUACAGUUGUCCGCGGCCCGCGCCCGCCGCCGGCCCAUCACGCCGACACCAUCCUCGCGAUCACGUCUGUGGAGCGGCCGUCCAAGAUGGUAGUUUCGGGCAGCCGUGACGGCGUGGUCAAGGUGUGGAAGUAA